CAUUUGACAUUUCAGGGGAAAUAUGAAGGAUGCAGGAUGUUUAUGACACCCAAACUUUGCAUUACUGCCAAUAUUAAUAAUCAAACUUGGUAUAUCUGCCAACUAUAUACAUUUAUCAACAGUAGUAAAGUUCGUGUGUCCAUGUGUUUAUGAUAAGCCUCUUUCUCAUCUCAUACCAUCUAUUCUGACAACAUAGGAAGAAUGACUUCAGAGAUGUCAACUCUCGCCUCUGUCAUGUUUGAAGACAGCGGACAUACCAUACUCAGUUCCUAUCACAAAUACAUGGGGAAUACGUCUUUAACGCCGGUUUCGUUUUCAGGCAUAACAAAUUGUUCUACAGAAGACUGGAUUUACCCAAAAUUAUUACUACUGAGUCGUAGAAAGGCUGUUCUUUUUCUGCCAGUCAUCAUCUUCCAAUUUUUACUGAUGAUCGUUGGGUGUUUCGGAAACGCACUGGUUCUGUAUAUUUACUGUUUUAGGUCAAAAAAGAGGUCAGCGGACAAUUUUAUUAUUGCCAUGGCAUUGUUUGAUUUUAUUACGAGUGUCGUGGUGAUGCCAAUUGACAUAUAUGAUUUACUCUAUCAUUACUCAUUUUAUUCAAACAUUGCGUGUAAAAUUUUCAGAGCUGUUGAAAACGCCACUACGUAUGCAUCCGCUGUGAUUUUAAUACAGAUUGCAUUUGAUCGUUACUUUAAAAUAUGCAAGCCGUUACGUUUUGGUAAUCGGAAUAGAACAAAAUUUAUGUCUAUAUCAGCUGGUAUGUUAGCUUUACUUUUGUGUAGUCCAGCCGUGGUUCUAUUCGGAACAAGAAGAGAACAAAUUUCAGGAAAUCUAUGUGGAUUUGAUUGCUCCGUUGAUCAAAAAUACAAAGACUCGACCUUCCAAAUGAUUUAUUAUUUGAUAUUAGGGUUAGUGUUUAUAAUAACAUUCGUUACAUUAUCGGCACUGUACUUUUUAAUAUGGUUAGCAAUUAAAAGAAGAAAAGAUAUGUUUAUAGGUGAGAUUCCAAGAUUAAGCGUUGCAGGUGGACAAAAUAGCCGACGACGAAUGUUAUCAAGUGAAAGCAGCGAUGAUCACUCAUCGGUAGGACAUAAUCAAAAACAAUUCCGCAGAACAUUUUCAAACUUAUCGAAUAAAUCAAAAGUAUCGAAUUUAUCUGAAAAACUGUCUCAUAUUAAAGCUUCUCGGACAACAAAGAUUUUCAUCGCCGUCACCAUUGCGUUUGUAUUGAGCUAUUUACCCUCCGUUGGUGUAAUGAUUUGCAGAUCUGUAUAUAAAAAGAUUGAAAAAGACUCGUCUGGGUUUGUUCAAGUGCUUCUCAAAUUGUUUUCAAGAUGCAACUACUUAAACAACGCCGUCAAUCCAAUAAUUUACAGUUUCCUAAACAAACACUUCCGUGUCGAGGUUACAAAAUUAACCAAGAGCUUUGGUUUAUGUUGGAAAAAAUCGUACAAAAGUGAACUUGGUCAUGAAUAUGAAUUAGAACAUCUUAAACAAUUACGUUAAAAUGAUUAAACAUAUCACACUUUUUUCUGUAUACAGCCACCAUUAAAAAAACAUUUAUUAAAAAAG